UCAAAUCUUUAACAAUGUCUAAAACUGAUAAUUUGUAUCCGGAGUAUGACAUGGGGACCUGGCUCCGAUGCUGUGAAGAGGAAGUCAGAAAACCCUUAGAAGGCAAAAUCAAAGGUGAAGUUCCAUCGUGGUUGAGUGGGACGCUGAUUAGAAAUGGACCGGGGACAAUCAGAAUCGGUUCAACGGAAUACGUACAUGUUUUUGAUGGAUCAGCUCUCUUGCACAGAUUCGGUAUAAAGAAGGGUAAAGUGACUUACCAAUGCCGGUUUUUGAACUCAGAAACAUUAAAGAAAAAUAAAAAGGCUAAUCGCAUCGUCAUCACUGAGUUCGGAACGAAGUCAGUGCCAGACCCGUGCCAUACUAUAUUUGAUCGAAUAUCUUCGAUUUUUGAUCCAAUGGCAUUUAUAACAGAUAAUGCGGGCAUCUCUGUACAUCCAUUUGGUGAUCAAGUUUACGCCAUGACGGAGGUACCCACCGUAUUCAGAAUAAAUCCGAAGUCACUCGAGACAAUAGAAAGGAAGACCCUUAUCGAUUCAUUGAUCGUGUGCCACACGGCGCACCCUCACGUCAUGCCGAACGGUGACGUUUACAAUGUUGGGGUACAAAUUAUCAGAGGAUUUUUAAAACAUGUGAUCGUAAAGUUUUCUUACAGCACUAAAGGAGAUAUGUUCGACUCUGCUGAAGUCGUCAGUACUAUUGAACCUCGAUGGCGUUUCUCGCCGACGUACAUGCACUCGUUUGGUAUAACUGACAACUAUUACGUAAUAAUAGAGCAGCCACUUGCUAUAUCGGCCUUUGGUAUGAUGAAAAAUAUUAUAAUAAAUAAACCAUUUUCAUCGACUUUGUCCUGGUAUCCUGAGUACGAGACGCAAAUCCUGCUAAUAAAUCGUAAUACGGGAGAGAACAUCCGCUACCGAGCCGACACGUUCUUCUUCAUGCAUAUCAUCAAUUCGUUCGAGAUGGAUGGCAAACUGACUAUUGACGUUUGUUCAUACAAAGACGCGAAGAUUAUUGAUGCGAUGUACGUCGAAGCUAUUAAGAACGCCGACAGUAACCCCGACUACGGACAAUGGUGCCAGUGCCGCCCAAAGAGGUUUGAGAUUCCAUUGGAUACGCCACCUUUCGCUAAAGUUGAAGCACGUUUACUGGCAGACGUUGGAAUCGAAGCACCAAGAAUAAAUUAUGAUGCUUAUAAUGGGCGAUCAUACAGAUACUUCUACGGAAUAGGAUCAGAAGUUAGAUCGAAAUUCGCUGGUUCGAUUAUUAAAAUAGAUACCCUAACUGGUGAGGUAAAGACUUGGCGUGAAUAUGACGGGUACCCCAGCGAGCCUGUGUUUAUAGCUCAUCCCGAUGCGAAGGGAGAGGACGAUGGCGUGUUGCUGAGUGCGGUAGUAUGGGGAAAGAUUGACAACGCAGUGACACUGAUAAUUUUAAACGCUACAGACCUACAAGAGAUUGCGCGAGCUGAAUUCUUAACCCCUUCACAAGUGCCUAAAUGUUUCCACGGCUGGUUUUUCCCUGAGCAAAUUUCAAUAAAAUAA